CCCGCGCCCGCGCGUAAGAUGGCGACGGCGGCGCUCGGCGGGGGCUCUCAGCGGGCGCUCCGGGAGGCGCUGCGGCGCUCCGCGCGCCGCCCGCCCGGCCCCGGUUGCUGGGGAUGCGCCCCCGGAGGAAAGCGGUAUCUGCUAACAGAAGACGAUAUCAAGUUACAAGAAUUUCAGCAGAUGAAAGUGGCAAUUAGAAAUGAAGUUCAUGGCAACAAAGAUCCAUAUUUUAAAAGUAUGAAAGAAAAAUUAAAGAAAAAUGGAAUUAUUCUCAGAAAUGAAUUAAAAAAUUUACUACAUUUAUGUCAAACUUCAUCUGAUGUGGAACUAGCCAGAAAAGUUAUUUACAGGUAUCAUGAACAGAAUGGAAUCAAAGCCUUACAUAAUUUUAAAUUUGGGCCCCUCUUUAUGAGGCUAUGUUAUGAACUGGACCUUGAAAGACCUGCAGUAGAACUUAUCAAAGAUCAGAAUUUGCGUGGCUUUUUCUCAGAGAGUACGUCAUUCCAUAUUUUAAUGACUAUGUUGUUUAAAAAGGGCCACUUUGCAAGUGCUUUGGAAGUACUGGUAGAAAUGAAGAAACAGCGUAUACCUUUCAACAAAGAAACUUAUCUACUAGCGUUUGCAAUAUGCUACAAACUGGACAGCCUGGAGUCUUGUAAAAUCUCUGAAAAGCUGCUUGAAGAAGCACAGCUGAAAGGUGAUACGUUACCACCACGAGUGUUCUGCUUUGCUGUGGCAACUGCUCUGAAGCAGAAUGAUGUAGCGAAAGCCAAAUUUUAUUGCUCCCAUGUAAUGAAAACAGAGAACAAACUAUACAAUAAUCUUAAAGUUCUUGUCCAGCUCAGAUCUGGUUUGUUAGAAGAAGUAAUAAAGACAUUAGAGGCAGCAGUGGAAGUAGAUACACCUCCCUUUGUGAAAAAAAUCGAGUUUUCUGAGCAGGUGCUGGCUACAGUCAGGGAAAAGAUGGAAGAAAACCCCAACCUUUCUGCCACGUUAGAACAUGUUUACACAAAACUGCAAGCUUCAGGACAGAUAACCACGUGCACGUUGGAAGAUAUGCUCUUCCAGAUUCCUAGUUCAAAGAAGAUUCCUGCAAAGCUUUUAAAUCAGAAGCAAGUAGGCUAUCAGGCUGCUAAAGCGCUUCGGUCAAAUCUGUUGUUGGAAUAGUUAUAAAUUUGAUGGCAAACUGAACUGCUGCUAGCACCUCUUAGAUGCCAAGUUCUAAUAAAAUGUCUUCUCUCCUCCUCCACAA